AUGUUCAUGGUUUGUCCAAAAAGUUUAUCGUUUUUGGUUCUUGUCUGUGCCUGUGCUGCCCAGGACUCACCUGAACCAAUGUGGCCUUCCCCACCUGACAAGUCAAAGGGAGGUAAGAAGAAUUUCUCCUAUUUUCUACCAUUAGAUAAUGCAUAAUAAUGGAUGAGGUAUUUAUAGCAGGGUUAAACUGGGAUAUAUUUAUGUUGUCCUCCAAAAACAUGUCUUUGUGCUUCAUAAAAUUAUAGUAGAAAAUAUCAAAUGUGAUAUAAAUUUAUGUACAACAUCAUAAAAGAUUAAUGUAUUGAUUGUUAUGCACUUGAAAAAUUAAUCAGCAGCUUUAAAACAACAUUAAGAAAGGUAUUGUGGGAACUCCUGCAAUGCAACUGUUAAAUAAAAGUGUACUACACACCAGAAAAAUUGAACAAAUUUAAUCAUAACUUUCCAGAUUUAUGAAUCAAAUGUGGUAAAGAGACAGGAACACUCUUUCAUUGCAUUUGGAAAUGCCCAAGGAUUAAAGAUUUUUGGUAAAAUGUGAGUCGUAUAAUUCAGAAGAUACUUUGAAUCCAUUUAGUAGCAGAGCCUAAAAUCUUCAUUUUUGGCAUCUCUCCAAAGGGACAUAAAAUAAAACAUAGAGACCAGAUAUUUAUAGACUUGUGUCUUAUACAUGCCAAAAGAUCAAUAGCAUUAAUAUAGAAAAGUCCCCAUAGACCAAGCAUUAAACAAUGACUUAAGGAAAUGUCAAGAUGUUUACCUUUGGAAAAAAUCACAUACACAAUUAAAGAUAAGGAAGAACAGUUUCAACACAUCUGGGGCCCAUUUAUACAUUUUCUUAUGGACAAGGACUUAUCUAGUGUGUUGGACACAGCUAGGGGAGUUAAGUCAUUACCUCUGCAAGUGAACUAAUUCGUUACUGAUAUUUACAAAGCAUCUUAUGGUAGGCAAUGUAGGUUUUUCAGGAGUCAACUACAUGGUAAAAUAGCUUUUUGUUUUACUGUUUUUAUUUAUUUAUUUAUUUAUUUAAAUAGAGUUUAUGUCUGCAAGUAUUACCUUCAUUUAUCUUAAAUAUUCAUUAUGUAUGUUUGAGCCAUCAUCCUUUAAACAUUUACAUAUAAUUUGUUUUUAUAUAUGUAUUUUUUGGGGGGAAAACAUGGACUGUCAUGGACAUUCCUGCUCUUUUUGAUAUGGUUGAAACUUCAUUAAACCGAAUGUUGAAAAAAGAGAAAAGAGAAAGGUAUUGUGUCAAUGGUCUGUAUAUCACCGACAGAGGAUCCUAGCCCUUUAGCAGGAGCAUGUCUAGACCAGGGGUUCUCAAUUAGAAAUGUCAAAGGUCCAGAAAAUACAUUUUGAGGAAGUCAUAAGUCCAUGGUGCAUGUGUGGUGGUGAAAAACAAAAGACACAUUGGCUUUGUGCUUGAAGGAGGUAAGAUAAUCAUAUAUUUGUCUGUCCAUUCGUCAGUGAAUCAGUGAUUUUCAGUGUCCACCUUUCUCUGAUUUGCCAUUUUGAUGUCAGGUGCUGGGUGUGGGCAACACUCCUGCUGCAAAGACGUUACCACUGCCUGUGCUUUGCUAAGAAGACAGACUAAAGGAGGCAGAUGUGUGACUGUCAGUUUGCAUAGUUAUCAGCCAAUCAGCGCAUCGUUGUCAUGGGAAUAGCAGCUCAUAAUGCAAGUGUGAGCACGCGCACAGUCACACACACACGCUCUCUCUCUCUCUCUCUCUCUCUCUCGGCCAGUCUAACCUUGCAUCAAUCAGUCAGAGAGAGUGCCGUGUUGUUGAUUUUUUUUUUUUUUUGCUCUGGGUCCGCAAAGAGGUGGUCUGCGGUCUGGAUGUGGACCGUGGUCCACCUAUUUCGGACCCUGGGUCUAGACUCUUCAGACUGGGGUGGCCUGACUGGGACACUGAGUUACACAGGGGUGGCCUAAAGAGCAUUUACUCACCCUUUUCUGCCUCUUAUCAUAAGUAAGCUAAUUUAAAGAAACUUAAACCCAAAUACCAAUAAGUGUACACUUUGUUUGAAAGUAAGGGAAAUAUAGAUUUUUAGUCUAGUCAGAUAGAGGUCAAUAAUCCAACAUGUCAAUAAUCCUCCUGAGUCUAACUUAUUUUCUCUUUCCAGGAGUUGAAAUAGGAAUGAGCUCUGGCUUUGAUAAGGAUGGAUCCAGUGAUUGGAAACAAGAACACAACGGUAAUGAUGAAAGUGAUCUGGGGGAUAGCAUCUGAAUUAUUUAAAUUAAAUCAAAUCAAAAUUUAUUUUGAUAAAGCACUUAUCAUACAAGAUAUGGAGCACAAAGUGCUUUACAUAUUCCUAUUUAAUUAUUAUCAUUCAAAAAGCUGGUCUAGACCAUACUCUCUUAACAAAGACCUUUUGUUAGGUUCUGAGGUGGCCCCUAGAUUCUAAGGGGGAACUCACCCUGUGCAACCGUCUGGACACACCCCUACCCAUUUUGUUAAAAGACUAGCCUGAGAAGUAUAAAGAAGCUACAUCAUCAACCACUCCUUACAGCCCACAUAGUUAAGCUAACUCAAAAAAAAACUUAAUCCCAAAUACCAGUAAGUAUGCACUUGUAUUUGAUAGUAAGGGAAAUAAAGAUUGCUAUUCUAGUCAGAUAGAGGUCAAUCAUUCAAUAUGUCAAUAAUCCUCCUGAGUCAAAACUGUUUUCUCUUUCCAGGAGAUAAAAUAGGAAUGAGCCCUGGCUUUGAUGAGGACGGAUCCAGUGAUUGGAAACCCAAACACCAAAGUAAUGAUGAAAGUGACCUGAGGGAUAGCCUCUCAAUUAUUUAAUUACUACUAUUCAGAAAGCUGGUCUAGAUCGUACUCUUUUCCCAAAGAUCUGACGUAAAUAUGAGAUCAGACUGAGCCCCAUCCUGUUCACCUAUAUUCACACUCAACACAUUUCUCUGUAUCUUUCAGUCAUUGCACAUGGGCCUUCAUUUGGCUAUCAGGACCGAUGUCGACCAGGACUUCCAGGUACCAAAUGUAAGGAUUCUGUACCUUCUGUGGAAAGACCUGAUCAAAAACAGAAUCUCACUUCCAAUCACAUUUAACAUAACUAACCUUCAAGUUUUCUCCAUACUGGCAAAACUUACUUACAUGCAGACUCCCAUGGACCCCUUCUUUGUAAUUCCCCUGCUGGUACGAUCUGACUGCUAUUAAAACAGAAAACUUUACAAAUAAGCCCAAAAAUGGAGAAACUGUGUGCUUUUAGCAACUCACUUUUUCAUACCCCAAACAAAAACAGUAAUAUACCGUACAUCUGUCAUAGUUUAUUUCCUAUGUUUUAAUGCCUGAAUCCAACACAAAAGGGUAGGUGUUUUUACAAUUUCCACAUAUACUCACAAUAAAUAUUGCACUCAACCAUCAAGAGUCAAUAGCUACUACUUAAAAGAGGAUAUAUUGGUAAGUGUGAAUUUUGGCACCCUCUGUUCCCCAGCACUGGUUACAGGAAUGAAAAAUUACAGUAUAAAUACCAACAAUAAAGUUGUUGCUAACGCUCUUGUUUGCUUUUGUAUAUAAUACAAAUGCAUGAAAUUAAUUUUAGUUUAUUUCAUUUAUGUCAAAAAAUGUAGAGGGCAAGGCAAGCAAAGACUGCUUUGUCCAAAGGGGGUGCCAAAUUGGAUGAAACUUAAAGUUGGUCACUGGAGCUCCAGUACCCCUGUGGGUGUAGGGUGACAUCAGUUAGUAGAAAUGUGUCUCUGUGCUGCAGACAGGCUGCCUUUGGUACACUGAUGGGGUAAGUGAGGCUGAACAGUGGGAGGGAACAAAAGGGUUUAAAUAUAGUGAUGAAGAUCUGCUGCAGGACUGACCUGAAACAGAAAAUCACAGGCAUCUUAGCCAUUCUCAGUACUGAUUAGAUUCAUGAUCUAUCAGUUCAUAAGCAAGAUGUUUUAACUUCUCCAAAAACUCUGAUCUUGUUGGCCCUGGUGUGUGUGUGCACUGUCUAGGAUGCACAGAUGGACUUCAAUUUCUCAGACUGGGAUUUUUGGAGUACUACCCCAAUUGAAUUUAAGAGUUAAGGUCUUUACAUACCGGGAACGACACAGAUGUACAACUCAAGAUUACAAAAUAUUCGGAGGCGAAUUUUGAUGAGCCUGUCUAUACACAUCAAGCACGAUGUGAUUUUGUGACUUUCUGGGGGGGAAAAAGAUACAUCACAAGUGAAAGAGAGAAGACUGACACAACAGCAGACUGGGUGUUUUUCAGUUCUGAUUAAACACUAGUGUUGAGAUGGCUGUCUGUCAUGAUAGCAUGUACUGAGUCGGGGCCAGUACCAGAUAAGCACAUUAAACUAUAAUCCAUAAACGUAAGGUAACAACUGAGACCUAAUGGUGCUGUGACAGCAACGCGAUUGAGUUUGAGACAGUGAAAAUAUAUAUGGUAUGUUGUAUCUGAACAGGUAAGCUAAUGAGCUAAAGUUACUUAGCACAGAUGAAAGUUAAAACAAAUACGUUUAGCAAACUGUUAAAGCACACAAACUAUUGUCAUAUGAGAAAUCCGACACUAUGACUCUCCACAAGUUGUCCUUCAGGUCAUUAUCUUUGUAAUGUUUGUGUCUUUUAUCAAAAAGCACUUUAUGCUCCGACAUGUAAACAAUCAGCCGGUCGACCAUGUUGGAUAUACCGGUGAAUCUGAAGUCGCAACAACACACAAUCUGAUUGAUCAGAAGUGGACACACAGUAUGUGAAACUUUAGAAAAAUUGUCCGUGAUGCAAAAAAAAUAAAUGCUGCAAUAUCGCAGGACUGGAAAACGUUGCUGAUGUGAACGCUUGUAUUGACAGGAUACGGGUUCGAAAAAAAAUAUUGACUUCCAAAAUAAUCGCGCAAAAAAAAUGCUCCUGGUGUGUAAGGACCUUAAGUCUCUUUAGCUUAAGUCAGAUAGUUUGCAUGUGGACCUGAACAGUGUCAGACCGUAUUCAGCAUAGUAUUGUUUGUAACUUGGCAAAAGUUUUUGAUGGAAAGUGUUGGGAAAGCGUGUGAUCUGUUAUGUUCACAAUAAGAAGGUACUUUUGAAACACAUAGCAUUGGAGCUAAUGUGUUAAGUUAUAUAUUCUGAGACCAGAUUCUUUUGAUAAUUUUUCAAUUUUAAAAAGGGUCAUAGAAAUCCUCUGGAUCUCAGUAAACAGCUUAUAAUCAGUUAACAAGUUUGGGUCACUUGUGGAAAAAUAAAACUUAAUUUGCAUUGCAAGUAACACCUGUUUGAAAGCCUUUUCCUUCUUUUUCCAGGUUCUCCAUCAGUAGAGAGUUUAAACAGAGAGAUACCAAUCGCCAAGAGCCCAGAAGUUCAUAUGAUCCCAUCUUUGUAUGAAUAUUUUUCUCUUUGUGAAGACCUCAUUGAAAGAUGCAAAAAAUACAGUUCUGAUGACAACAGAUAUGAUGUUGUUGUACCCUCUUCUGGUAUUGACGAGAGUGUCACCAGCAGUUCGAAGAUCUCAGAUAAGGCGGAACAGUUCCUAAAAGGUCAUGUGUCCACCAUCUUCAUCCCUUCCUUCUACACCCUGGUCUGCAUCAUCAGUGUGCCCAUCAACAUCUGCGCGGUGCUGGUCUUUGUGCGGAAGAUCAAGCCAAAGAACCCGGCAGUGAUCUUUAUGCUGAACCUGGCCUGUGCUGACCUGCUCUUUGCUCUGCUGCUGCCAUUCAAGAUCUCCUACCACUUCAACGGCAACGACUGGAUUUUUGGUCCUGCCAUGUGUCACGUGGUGACUGCAGCCUUUUACUGGAACAUGUACUGCUCAGUUCUGCUCAUAGCCUGUAUCAGUGUGGACCGACUCCUCGCUAUAGUCUAUCCUAUGGAUUCCCUGACCUGGAGAAGUCCUGGGAAGGCAGUUGUUGCCUGUGCAGCCAUGUGGAUACUGUCCUUUCUGGGGUCAAUGCACCUUCUCUUCACUGAACAGACUGUUUACCUUGAACACUUGAACAUCACCACAUGCCACGACAUCCAGCCCCCACCUUUUUUCGAAUGCUACAAGAUGUAUAUCACCUUUCUCUGUUUAUUCUUCUUCUUCCUGCCGCUGAUCAUCACAGCAGUCUCCUACACUCGGGUGAUCAUGACCCUGAGCAAGGCCCAGCUAGGAGUUCCAGAUCAGUCACGCAAGAAAAGAAGAGCUGUGGUGUUGGCUGCAACAGUGCUGGUGAUGUUUGUGCUUUGUUUCACGCCCACAAACUGCGUCUUACUUGUGCACCUGCUGAAGUUCAAGGAGAAGGUUCUGAGUAACCAUGCUGAUAACCUCUACAUAGUCUACUCAGUGUUUCUGUGUUUGGGAAGUCUGAACUGCCUCCUGGAUCCUCUGGUCUACUACUUUGGGUCGUCCCAGUUUCAGAAAGAGCUGUCCAGUAUGCUGGGGCACCAGAAGACCAAACAGAACACCAGCAGCGGUCAAUCAUCUGAUCCAAGCAUUUCCACCAGCCAAGCACUUCUGAAAUCCAACUGCAAAGAUGGCUCCAAAGUUAACCCUCCAGUCACCAACAGUGACUCUUCUCAAGCAAAUCUUUGCAGCCACUGCAGGAAACUCCUGGUUUAA